AUGGGGAAUUUGUGGUCGACCACCAAAGAACCGCCGCCGCUAAUGGUGCUGGUUCCACCGCUCUUCGAUUUCCCUCCUCUUGCCGCCCGUACCAGGAUGCUGGAAUCUUCUUACGACGUGUUGUUUGGGAAACUGGCUUUGAGAUGCCUUUUCGAGGAUUACUUUGAAGAAGCGAGGCAUUUUAGCACCAGGAUUAUGCUGAAGCCAAUCGAUGAUCCGCAUGUUGAUUUGAUUGCUACUGUUGCUGGUCCACUUGAUCACAAGCCUGAGGAGAAAAUUGUUGGAAAUGCACAGUUUCGCUGGCAAAGAGAUGUUGAUGAUCCUCACACGUUCGUCGACCUUUUUGUAUCCAACACUGAACCGAUUUUACUGAUGAGGUCUUGUGCAUACUACCAGAGAUUUGGUUUUGGUGCAUUUGGCAUACUCCCAGUGCUUUUGAAGCAAAGAGUAUCUUCUGAAGAUUAUGGUGUUAUGGGUUUGAGAUAUGGCUCAUCAAAUCUGUCUGUUGGAGCUACAGUUAUUCCUUUCUUUGUUGGAGAUGAACUUCCAAAAAGUGCGUGGUUGGUAAGCAAGAUGGGACGGCUGACUGCUGGGGUGCAAUAUGAACCAACGUUUGGAAGCAAAGAUGGAGCAAAAUACAAAAACUUGGCAAAUUGGAGCUGUGCUAUUGGUUAUGGAUUAGGGUCAGGCAGUCCAUUGAGCCCAUCCUUCGAUUUUGGACUUGAACUUGCUAAAAAUUCACAGUUCAUUGCUUCUUUCUAUCAACACGUGGUGGUUCAGAGAAGGGUAAAAAAUCCACUUGAAGAAAAUGAAAUAGUUGGAAUCACUAAUUACAUUGACUUCGGCUUUGAGUUACAGACCAGCAUUGACGCUGACAAAUCAUCAAAUAAUAUUCAAGAGUCCACUUUUCAAGUUGCUGCAUCUUGGCAAGCCAAUAAAAACUUCUUACUGAAGGGAAAGGUGGGGCCUUUAAGCUCAUCAAUAGCUUUAGCAUUUAAAUCAUGGUGGAAACCUUCUUUCACUUUCAGCAUGUCAGCUGUUAGAAAUCGGACCAAACAAGAGACAGCAUUUGGAUUUGGCGUUCGUGUGGACAACAUUAGGGAAGCAAGUUAUCAAAGGGCUGACCCGAAUUAUGUAAUGCUGACCCCAAACAAGGAGCAUCUAGCUGAAGGCAUACACUGGAAAAUUGGGAAAAGACCAGUGCUUCAAUCUGAUGUAAAUUCUGGAAAUUUUGAUGACACACCCAAGGAAUUAAGACCCUUGGGCAAAAUUUUGUAA